AUGAGAAUAGUGCUAUUUAUGAUUCUCUUGCAAGCUACGAUUGGUUCAAGGUUAUUCUUGUCAAACCCUUCUAUAGGAAUGAAUCAAAUGUAUCAGAAGCUGAGCUAGUCUUAAUCAUCAGAGAUAAAUCAAGAUUCAUAGAACAUGACGGCUAUCUAAGUAUAAUAGGAGCCAUAACCCUAUUCUAAAUAUAAUCAUCCUCUUGUUGACUAUAUUCUUGGCUCAAUCUUUCUCUUCUUUGCUGUGACUAUAAUUUGGCUAAAUGAGCGUAGAAGCGUAUGUUAAGUCACACCAAUUUACAAAGCAUGGUAGCAAUGUGAAGCUGUACAAGAUUUCAAGCAUCCAUAAGAAAACUAGAAUAUGAAGCUAGUUCAUGUCGAGGGAGAAACAAGAAUCUAAGAAGGAAGCAAGGUAAUAGACCCUGAAUUUGAUGUAGAAGUAGAUUAUUCAAUUAAACUAAUAAGAGAAGUUGAAAUGUAUCAGUGGAUUGAAAAGAAAAAGAUUGUUAGUGGAGAAACCUUAUACUUUUAUGAUAAAGAAUGGACUAAAAAUCAUAUUGACAGUACAUAAUUUAAAGAACCAAAUGACAAGUUUUUUUAAAAUCCUGAAACUCUUCCUUAUGAGUCUUAAAUAUUUUAUAACGAACAGGUGUAUUUUGGGGGUUUUGUAUUAUCUAGAUUCGAGUUGGAUAAAAUUCAGAAUAAAUGCGAAAUAAAAUAUAAUAAAGAAUUAGUUGACAGAGUGUAAGCAGCUACUGGAGAUAAACUUAAAGUUCUUGGUUCAGAUUACUUUAUUUUGGAUGGCUGUAACCUACUCUCAAAGAAAUAAACAGAUUAAAGGAAUUAUGCAGAAAUUGGAGAUAUCAGAGUAUCAUUCUUCAAUGUACCUUGUGGGCCUGCGACUGUAAUAGCUUAAUAGGUUCAGCACAAAAAUCCAAAAGAUGAAAAAUACUUCACAUUCUAACCAUGGGAUUCUCUGAAUCAAGAUAAAAUUCUUAAAGAAUCUGAUGACUAAGAUUCAAAUAGCUUAGUAAAACAAUAGACCUUGGCUUAAAGAGCAGAUAUAUCCUCAUAAAGUUCUAAUUUAUUCUAUAAUGCAUUGCUUAAUUACUAAUUACCUGAGCAGAUACAUGAAGUGGUUGAUUAACCAUGUCAUAAAGAUUAAGUUUUCUAAGAUCUAGUUAAUAAAAGCAUUGGAUCAUUGUGGCCUCAAAGAAUUUUUGGGUAUUUUGCAAGUAUUAUAGCUUAUUGUAUCCUUAUAACUCCUCUAUUAAGUUCAUUGAAUUUCUUAGGUCUAUUAAAAGAACUAGACGGAAGAAGCAAUUAUUUAAAGAUUUGUGUACUAUCUAUCCUUAUAUCUCUUGCUACUGAAGUAUUCAUAAUUGGACUUGCUUGGAUAAGAUAUAAAUAUGUCUUCAGCACUGUUAUGUUCUCUCUUUGUGCAAAGAUUAUACUCUUCAUUUUAUUGAUUUGA